AUGGAGGGCCUAGAAGCUCAAUUACGUCGCCUAAGGCUAGAUAAGGGCCUUGUAGAUGUUACAUCUGAAUUUCGCGAGCUGGCGAGCCGAAUGGUUCCCGAAAGUGUGAUAAAAGCACCGUCUUUUGAUCUUUUCGAAGGGACGCACUCUCUGGAGAUUGACAACCCAAAGCUAGACUCCAGCUUACUCGCGUUGACGGAGAAGGAGCUAAAUUUUGACUGUACUAAAGUUUACGGGGAAGCAACGGAGCAGAAAGUAGAGUUUGUCACGGCUGUGGUGGAUCGUCUGUGUAGAACCAUUGUGCUUUGGCUUAACGACUUUCAAACAUUACCAACGACGGUGCUAAGUUGUCGAUAUGUGGCGCAUAUCCUGUGUCAGUUCACUGAAGACCCUUGUGCGGACCUUAGCUCAUGUCAGCUAGAAACAGGAGACGAGUUGUUCGAUCAGGUCCUGGCUAGCUGCGUGAUCGCCGUCUGCUAUUUCGUCAAAUUUGUGCAAACGCUAUUCAAAGCCGGCGUGGUGUAUGAGGAGGAGGAUUUGAACUGCAAUGCAAUGGGGUUAAACGUCCUGUCUACGGUUCAGCUACCAACCGUGAAAUCCCAUCUUGCACGUAGCCAAAAAUUGCUGGAGAAGUCGUAUCCACAGGCACACCAACUGCAAAUGUUGUUGAUGUUACUUAUGCAUUUGGUUGAGGUUUACGGAUUACUUCCAACGUACUUCGGAUCCACUUCUCAAGUGGAUCAUGAACAUACGCUUAAUAAGUUGAUUGAGACCUCGCGGGAUUUGGAGCAGUUCCCGCUGCCAGACGGUACGGUUUACCAAGGUGCAUUCUCUGCUGUCAUACAGAAGAAAAUGUCCAACCAGUUUCCUCCACGGGACAUCAUCCUACCGACGGGGAAAGAAUACACUGCACUCGCCGAUAUGGUGCAAGAUCUACGUUUUGUGCUCUCCGUGGACCAAGCCAAGACAGUAACUGAGAUAGCGCAAUUCUCUCGUUUUUUCAAUCGUGUUCGACCACUACAUGUCGUGGCCCGAGCAUUCUAUCCACUAAAUUUGAUGAGGGAUGACCAAACGGUACUGGCUCAGUAUACCUUUGACGAGUAUUCACAGCUUCACCUAGAAGAAUUUUCUUUCUGUGACACAGAACUUUACAAACUGUUGAAGAAUGAGCCCCAAACGUCAGGAGUAAAACAGAAAUUCCAAGACUUCCUGCAAGAGAUUUCUGGCGCUCUUUUCGAAUGGUACCAGACUUCAUCCCAAAAUCCAUGCCGCUCUAGGCAGGGUUUUAAUCGACAGCUGCUGAUGUGGGAUUCUUUACAGGCUCAAAUCGAGACUUACGAGCUGGAACUCGAAUCUCAAGGUAUUGCUGAUCAGCUAGAGGAUGGUAGCUCAUUCAUGCCCUUGACAACCUGGGUCUUCUACAUGAAAUUGAGAGCCAUGUUAGACUUCGUCCUGAAAGGGUUUGAGUUAGAUGUUUACAAGCCAUGGGAAUUUUUCUCCAUGUUCUGGUACAGCUACUACCUAGCACAACAUCUAGAAAAUACGUUGCAUAGAGUCCUCAACUUCAUAGAGGCUAGAAUUGACUCUAUGGUGGCCUUGAACAAAAAAAUCAAAAAACUGAAAGCUGGGGAAAAGAAGGAGAAGCUACGAGAGGCGUACCGGGCGGGUAUGAGCUCGCAAAUGCCGGUUUUAAUGAAAAAUAAGGAUUUUAUCAAGUACAGCCUUCUGGAUUGCUCUGUGAUUAAAAUCUUGUCUCUAGCACAGGUGUUUCAGUUUGCGGUCCUGAAGUCCUUCGGUUUGAUUGAUAAUCAACAUCCUGGCAGCGGGAGGUUCUCUUCUCCGGAGCGUGUUCAUAAGCUUCGCUUCAAGACUUUUGCAUCUAUUGGAGUCCCUGAACUCCCAUCCUAUGGCUCAUUCCAACAAAGCCUUCAAGAUUUUGUCAUCACCGAGCCGAUGUUCGAGACCAAACUAGCUCGGUCGCUCGAUUUCAAUGAGGUCGAACUGAGCAAGGUCAAGAGCUCCUUGCAAUCUGUAUUUCAAGAUAUAGAGGCGGAUUCUGGUCAAACUAGAGCUAGAGCCGGCACUCAACUGGUUCAGAAGCAGGCUCUUGAAUAUUACCAGGGCCUUUUGCGGUCUACAGACGCCCUUAUCAUCAACGGCAAAACCUUGCGCAGCAAGCUGGGUAAUAGACGUCGCGACGACCUUUCCACAGCCUACACUGUUGGUAUCUCGCGCACGCAGGGGGGCUGCUCGUACUUCCCGCUCUUAAAGCUCGAUCAACGGAAACCAUGA